AUGACAGGCUCCUGCUGUGGAUCCUUCUCCUCCCAGAGCUGUGGAGGAGGCUGCUGCCAGCCCUGCUGCUGCAGGGACCCCUGCUGCUGUCGCCCAGUGUCCUGCCAGACCACAGUGUGUCGCCCUGUGACCUGUGUGCCCCACUGCACCAGGCCCAUCUGUGAGCCCUGCCGCCGCCCCAUCUGCUGUGACCCCUGCAGCCUGCAGCAGGGCUGCUGUCGCCCCAUCACCUGCUGCCCCACCUCUUGCACAGCUGUGGUCUGCAGGCCCUGCUGCUGGGCCUCCACCUGCUGCCAGCCCAUCUCAGUGCAGGCUCCCUGCUGCAGGCCCCCCUGCUGCCAGCCUGCUCCCUGCCGCACCACCUGCAGGACCUCCCCAUGCAACACCUGCUGCUGA